AUUGAAGAAGGUGAUAACUUCUUUAAAGAAUGUUUGCAAUUAGCUUUGAUAUUAGAUUCCACUCAACAAUCUCAGAACCUUAGUAUAAAAAUGGAUAUUAAUGUUGAUAUCGGUGUUGUAAAUAGAAUGCUUAAAAUUUUUGAAUUGGUUAACCAACGUCAUCGCCACAAAGCCUAUACUAGUCAAAAAAUAGAAAGAAAAGUUGCAAAAUUUUCUACAUCUGCUCCAAAUAAUAAAUAUAGAGUCUUGUAUCAUAUCUCUCUUCAAAUAAGUCUGCUUGUCCUGCAAGAAGUUUAG